AGAAGCGGUAACAAUGGACGCUUUCUCCUCCUCCCUCUCAAAACUCGCCCCUCCCACCGUCACACUACCCAAUUCCAGAACCAUUUCGACACACCCGGGACCAUCUCAUGCUCCUCACCGCAGCAUUUCCUCUGUUAGAAUGGAGAGUAAACCUCAAACUUCCACCACCACAACGAGUAAAACAAAGCCCCCGACUUCAAAUAUCCAAAUUCCAUCACUAACGGUCUCGUCAUCGAUUAGAGCAAAGAAAAAGGCAGAAACGACAGUAACGACAAGGAUAUUUGAUACAUUAAAUGACUUUAUCAACAACUCAGUGGACCCUCCUCUCCGCCCCGCAUUUGAUCCGAGGUUCGUGCUCUCAGGUAACUUUGCUCCAGUUGAUGAGCUUCCUCCAACAGAUUGUGAGGUGAUACAAGGAUCCCUUCCGUCAUGCCUAGACGGUGCGUACGUACGCAAUGGCCCCAAUCCACAGUACCAACCUCGUGGCCCUUACCACCUCUUUGACGGUGAUGGCAUGCUUCACUCCCUUAGAAUUUCCCAGGGCAGAGCCACUCUGUGCAGCCGUUUUGUCAAGACUUACAAGUAUACCACUGAGCAAAGCAUCGGCUCUCCGGUUGUUCCCAGUUUUUUCUCUAGUUUCAGCAGCAUGCCUGCUUGUCUGGCCCGUGGUGCGCUCUAUGCAGCUAGAGUUAUAAUUGGUCAUUACAAUCCUGCCAAGGGCAUUGGUCUUGCAAACACUAGUCUGGCCUUGUUCGGCAACCGUCUCUAUGCUCUUGGUGAGUCUGAUUUGCCAUAUGCUGUACGCUUGACCCCCAAUGGUGAUAUAGAGACAUUGGAUCGCCAUGAUUUUGACGGAAAACUGUUGGCCAACAUGACAGCUCAUCCCAAGAUAGACCCUGACAGUGGGGAGGCCUUUGCUUUCAGAUAUGGUCUCAUACGUCCAUUUCUAACUUACUUUAACUUCGACGCAGACGGAAACAAACACUCAGAUGUGCCCAUACUGUCUAUGGCCCGUCCAUCUUUCGUCCAUGAUUUUGCAAUUACAAAGAAUUAUGCCUUAUUUCCUGACAUACAAAUGGAAAUAAAGCCCAUGAAAAUGAUUUUAAAAGGAGGUUCUCCUAUGAUAUUAAAUCCGGCCAAAGUGCCAAGAAUUGGAGUCAUCCCUAGGUAUGCGAAUAAUGAUUCAGAAAUGAGAUGGUUUGAUAUGCCAGGGUUCAACCCCGUGCAUGUGGUGAAUGCUUGGGAAGAGGACGAUGGCAAUGCGAUAGUUAUGUUAGCACCAAAUAUAAUAUCAAUAGAACAUGCCCUGGAGAGAUUGGACCUUAUCCACGGUAUGAUGGAGAGAGUGAGAAUGGACCUAAAGACAGGGCUGGUAACAAGGCAGCCGAUCUCAUCAAGAAAUCUAGACUUUGCAGUGCUAAACCCAGCAUACUUAGCUAAAAAGAACAGGUACGUAUACUCUGGCGUAGGUGAGCCGCUGCCAAAAAUAUCAGGGGUAGUGAAGCUGGAUGUGUCCAAAGGAGAGUUCCAGGAGUGCACGGUGGGAAGCAGGAUGUACGGUCCAGGGUGCUACGGUGGGGAGCCCUUCUUUGUUGCCAAGGCACCGCAGAAUCCAGAGGCGGAGGAGGAUGAUGGGUUUUUGUUGACGUAUGUUCAUAAUGAAAACACAGGAGAAUCAAGAUUCUUGGUGAUGGAUGCAAAGUCACCCAAUCUUGACAUAGUGGCUACUGUGAAGCUACCCCAACGUAUCCCUUACGGCUUCCAUGGACUUUUUGUGAAGGAGAGUGAACUCAACAAAUUGUAGGGCGACCUUCUCUUCCAUUGCUUAAUUAAUUUGUUGUAUAUGUUGCAUUAUAAUUAAUAAUCUCCUUAUU